AUGGACACUAAUAACAGCAGCCAACCCGACACAAGGCCCACAACGCCUACUCCGGAGGCCGAACUCAACCCGCAGCGAGUCAAGGUCUUGGUGCAAAAACUCAAGGACGAAAUUGCUGCUAGUCAAGCUGAGCUGGACCCCGUUAAAAAACAAGCACAUAUUGCCGUGGUUGAAAAAAUCAAGCGAGUCUUGGUCAAGUAUCAACAGCAUCAGCAGCAACAGCAACAGCAACAGCAAUAUCAACCACACCUACAGCAGCAGCAGCAGCAGCAGCAGCAGCAAUCACCACCACAACCACAAGAACAGCAGCAACAGCAGCCGCAAAAUCUACCACAACCACGGCCAAAAGCAGGAGGUAGCAGUAUUGUCAAGAGUGAGAGCACCGAAGUAGCCAAUGCAAUGUCGAACCUGCCUGCUCCGGCUAUACCUUUACCAAGCGCGUCCUCAAGUCCCCCAAUUGCCCCAAUUGCUCCAGCUACCCCAGUCACUGCAAUGCCCCCAAUCCAACACCCUGUCCCAUCGCAAUACCCGGUGCAACCGCAAAUUCAGGCACCCAUACCUCAAAAGACUGCUUCGGCAGAUGCGCUGAAAGUCACGUUGGAAAAGUAUAAUCAACUACGCGGUCUCCUCAAGGACCUACUAGACAAGAUUAAAGUUUUGGAGACAUCUCGAGAUCAAGAAACUGAUCCCACGAAGAAGGAGUCUAUUGAAAAAUCAAUAAGCGGAGCCAGAAUUCAGCUUCAACAGUGUCACAAGGGCGCUUUAUUCAUGCGGAAAGUUUUAAUUGACUCUGGUCGGCUCUCGGCGAAUGCAACUCCCGUUGUCACUUCAAACGGAUCAAAUCCUGCCAGCGCAACUGCUUCGCCAGCACCAGUGGCACCAGCGGCAUCAAUGGCACCAGCAGCGCCAGCAGCAAUAGCAGCGCCAACAGUGCCAACAGUGGCCACAACAACACCGGCAGUAUCAACAACAGCAGUGCCAACAGUAGCAACAACAACACCGGCAGCGGCAACAGCAGCAACAGCAGCAACAGCAGCAGCAGCAACAGCAGCAGCAGUACCAGCAACACCGAUUGCCGCUGUGCCAACUUCCUCGCAGAAAUCUAAAGCUGCCCCAGCGGAAACUGUAGCUGCCUCAGCACCAGCAACGAAUAGGCUGACCCCCAACGAGGCUAAAACUCCAGCAACCAAGAAAUCGUCAUCUCCGACUCCAUCAAGAAUGCCAACAACGCAAUCGAAUCCAAAAACUAAUCCAAUAUCAAGAACUAAUACCACAAAUCCAACUACUACUACUAAUACUACAACAGCAGCAGGCAACACGACGGGGAAAACUUCGACUCCCACUGGCGAAACUCCAAACUCAAAACGUCCAUUCCCUACUUCAUUCGCCUCGAGUUCAUCGACACAAUUUGCCAAUCCAUCAACAAACGCCCUUCCAAACCCUCCACCUCAAUUCACCAUUCCUGAUAACGACGGGCGGGUGCUAACAAAAAGGAAAUUGAACGAGUUGAUGACUCGUAUAUCGAUAGACCAAGGCGACGUCAAGACCUCAGUCGACAAUGACGUUGAGGAGCUCUUUUUAGACUUGGCGGAUGAGUUUGUGCGGAACGUGAUGGAUUUCUCUUGCACCUUAGCCAAGCAUCGGAAAUUGGAUCGAGUCGACAUCAAGGACGUUCAGCUCCACCUUGAGAGGAACUGGGGGAUCAAAGUGGCCGGGUACAUGAAUGAUGAUAUUAAACCUAUACGCAAGUGGCCCAAGAAAAAGUGA